AGUUGAGAGAAACACCGUCGGGUCGUGGUCGGGCGCGCGUGGAUUUGUUUUGAUUGCAUGCCCGGUUGUAGUGCAGUGGUGAAAUAAAAUUAUAAGUUCUUUUCAGUUUUCUAAUAAUAGGCGUAAAUCCCAGGGCAUAAAUAGUGAAUAAGUUUGUAAAAUUUAACACAAACCUUGCUGAGUGAUUGUCGUAAAGUGUAAAGAUCUCCAAUCCCAGAAGUAGCUCAAAAAAAGACGAAGUCACUCAGCACUUGACUGGACAACUUUAACGAGAUAGGACGCACGUAACCAUCGGAUGGACCAAAGAUGAUGCACUACAAGAAGGGGAAAAACGUCGAGGAGGAGCUCACCAAGGAGCAGAUUCCGAUCGAGUGCCUGCCGGGCCAGUUCCUGUGGAUGCACGUGAAGGGUGGCUCGCAGAUCUUCAACCUGGUGAACUAUGCGAAAAAAGCGCUGGAAUGCGGAGAAUACCGGGCCGUCGUGUGGAGCGGCACGGGUGGUGGCAUUGGUAAAACCAUCAGCUGCGCCGAGAUCAUGAAGAAGGACUUCGAACUGCACCAGGUCACGCGGGUGUGCUACAGAAAGGUCGAGGAGUACUGGGACCCCCAGCAGGAAGGUCUCGAGAAGAUUGUGGCCACCAGAAACAUACCCAGCAUUCACAUUCUGAUGACGUUGGACGAAAUCGAUCAAAAGACGCCUGGCUAUCAGCACUCAAAAAUACGCACCACCUUCUGGUUAGAAUCGGACCCCACCGGCAGCAAAGGAGGUCCACGAAAGGGUGGCAACUAUUUCACUGGUCCGCUGUUGAAUAAAAAACCGAAUCGGAACUAUGGAGAAGAUAGAAAAGGAUCACAUGGCAACGGAGGCGGUAAAGGUGAGGGUAGUACAGGCGGGAAGAAGGGCAAAAAUAAGAACAAGGAUGGAAAGUCUCAAACGAAUCGUGAGAAUGGGGAUAAAGGCCCUCAGCAAAGUGACGCUAGUGGGAGCGGUGGAAACAAUUCAAAAAAGUCUAAACACAAUGAGAAUCGACAAAAACCCAAAACAGACGAAGCAAUUAAGUCGGAGAAACCUGAAGGUCAACCGAUGGAGUUAGGUGAGUAAUAUUUAAAAAAAAAUCAAUAAAUCAUUGAAUUGAAAGGUUAGAA